AGGCGCCAUAAUAGAGGGUAGGGUCAGGGCAGGGCGGACUGGCACCGGCAGUGUCGCCCAGGCUUCCGGCCGGUCGGUCGCCCUCGAAGACCCGCGGUGUCAGGUUGCAAGGCAGUUAGCGCUUUUGGGUGAGGAGACCGUGGCGGCGGCGGCGGCGGCGGCGGCGGCGACCCCUCGGGCGGGAUGUUCCGAGGAUUGAGCAGUUGGUUGGGCCUGAAGCAGCCCGAGGGGGCGGCGGCGGUAGGAGAGCCGCCCAGCGGGGACGAGCUGUCUUCGGGAGACGCGCCCCCUGAGGAGCACCCCGAGCAGCCCACCCAGGAAGAGCAGCAGCCGGCAGAGGACCCAGAGCUCCUCCACCAGGCCAGGGGCCUUGGAAAUUAUUUGUUUAACUUUGCGAGUGCUGCCACAAAGAAGAUAACAGAAUCUGUUACUGAAACAGCUCAGACAAUAAAGAAAUCUGUGGAAGAAGGAAAAAUAGAUGACAUCAUUGAUAAGACCAUUAUAGGGGAUUUUCAAAAAGAACAGAAAAAAUUUGUUGAAGAACAACACACAAAGAAGUCAGAAGCCGCUGUGCCGCCAUGGGUUGAUAGUCACGAUGAAGAAACAAUUCAACAGCAGAUUUUGGCUUUAUCAGCUGACAAGAGGAAUUUCCUUCGUGACCCACCAGCUGGUGUGCAGUUUAACUUUGAUUUUGAUCAGAUGUACCCUGUCGCCCUGGUCAUGCUCCAAGAAGAUGAGCUACUAAGCAAGAUGAGAUUUGCCCUUGUUCCUAAACUUGUAAAGGAAGAAGUAUUCUGGAGGAACUACUUUUACCGCAUCUCCCUGAUUAAGCAGUCGGCCCAACUCACAGCACUGGCCGCCCAGCAGCAAGCCUCUGGGAAGGAAGAGAAAAGCAGCAGAGAAGAUGAUUUGCCACUGACAGAGGCAGUACGGCCCAAAACACCACCUGUCGUAAUCAAAUCUCAGCUUAAAACUCAAGAGGAUGAGGAGGAAAUCUCUACCAGCCCGGGGGUUUCUGAGUUUGUCAGUGACGCCUUCGAUGCCUGCAACUUAAAUCAGGAGGAUUUAAGAAAAGAAAUGGAGCAACUUGUACUUGAUAAAAAGCAAGUGGAAACAAUUGCACUAGAAGAAGAUUCUGCCGAUUGGGAAAAGGAACUACAACAGGAGCUUCAGGAGUAUGAAGUGGUAGCAGAGUCUGAGAAGCGAGAUGAAAACUGGGAUAAAGAAAUUGAAAAGAUGCUGCAGGAGGAAAAUUAGUCCCAAACCAAUUCUUAACAUUGUGCUGACAUUACAUUUUGACGCUCGCUGAAUCAGAAGGCACAAAAAAAUAAAUAAUUAACUUUA